UGGUCCCAAACCUGAGGAGCCUGUGCCUGGGAGCUUCCAGUCACUGAGCUGAGACGUGAACAGCCAAGAUCUGCGGAAGGUUUCCUCUCAGUUGCACAUUCAGAGACACUGGUGUACAAAUAGCCACCUGAGACCUGACCUGAAGCCAGAGGAAACCGGCUGAAAGUCUGCAGAUCAGACCCAACAUGUGCAGCACCAGUGUGUAUGAGCUGGAAGACAUCCCCCUGGAGGAUGAUGACCCAAACAGCAUAGAGUUCAAAAUCCUAGCCUUCUAUGCCCGACACCAUGUCUUCAAGAGUACCCCGGCUGUCUUCUCCCCCAAGCUCUCCAGAACAAGAAGUUUGUCCCAGAAAGCACUGGGGACUUGGUCAACUGAUUCCUGGACACAGGUCUCAUUGCCUUGUAGAGGUUCCCCCUCCAGUGAAAAGCACAUAAGCUUGGGCAAGAAGAAGUCCUCUUGGAGAACACUCUUCAGAGUGACCGAAAAGGAGGAAGGUCUGCUGUGCUCCCCAAAGGAGAUCCGUGCUCAGGGUGCUCAGGGUGCUCAGGGUGCUCAGGGUCCCUUCUCAGUAGAGCGGCAGAGUGGCUUCCACAACCAGCACUGGACCAGGUCCCUGUCCAGUGUGGAACAGCGCCUAGAGAGUGAAGCUGUGGAUUCCAAAGUUGCUUGUAUUGCUAACAGAGUGGCUGAAAUCGUUUACUCCUGGCCACCACCAGAUGACAGCCACAACCAGGGAGGAGGCAAGUUCAAAGAGAGUGCCCCAAAGAUUCUGCACUUCCAGCUUCAAGGCCCUCAGUCUAGAGCUUGUGAUUCUAAGAAAGAUGGAGAAGAGCAAAUGAUAAGCAAGAUCGUUGAGCUGCUGAAAUACUCGGGGGAUCAGUUGGAAAGAGAGAUAAAGAAAGACAAGGCUUUGAUGAGCAGCUUCCAGGAUGGGCUGUCCUACUCCACCUUCAGGACCAUCACGAACCUGUUCCUGAGGAACGUGGACACCAGAGGAGAAUCAGAGGUCAAAGCUCAGGGCUUCAAGGCUGCCCUCGCAAUAGACGCCAUAGCCAAGCUCACAGCCAUAGACAACCACCCAAUGAAUAGGAUGCUGGGCUUUGGGACCAAGUAUCUAAGAGAGUACUUCUCCCCCUGGGUGCAGCAGAACGGUGGAUGGGAAAAAGUACUUGGGAUAUCACAUGAAGAAGUAGACUAAGAUAGCCAAAGACCUGUCACCUGGAAUGUUUCUUGUACAACAGCAGGCCUGUGCCCACUGUUCUCAUCAUAGACUUCAGGAGAAAAUUAAAACAUACACAGCAGAUGGAGACGAAUGUCUAGAGAACCGUCCUUCCUUUGACUCAGGAGGCAUCGGGAGAGGCCUUGCUCUCUCCAGCUCAUAGGAUUCAUUAACAUGGGCUUUGCUGAGGGUAUUCGAGUCUCCCGCUGAAUGGGUGAGGGAGUCCAUAGAGAUAAGCGAUCAUUUUACCUUUAAAUGUUCAGAGCGGAAACCAUCCUGUUAGCUACACUGGAGGAAGCGUUCGGCAUGUGUCUGUCGGUCUCAUGGAGGUGAAGCGAUAAACUGUGUGCUUACCGUUUA